UCACCGCCCAGGCACAGUGCUUUGGUUUCCGCCCUCACCACCACUAGACUACUCAUCAAAAGACCGCAUCGCGAGUGAGGCUCGAGGUAAUUGUGGGCUCGCCACAAGUGAUUUGCCGGGUUUCCCUUUCCGACAUCCCACAGGCCGGGCCUAGCUCGCAACGGUAAAUACUGUGAAUAUCCACCGAGGCCUCCGUCAUCAUCCUGGGAAUGCCGUCGGGCGUCGGGAAUAACAUUGGAAUUCAAACAUUUACCACCACCCAUCACCCUUCGGCAAAGGCACCCCAACCAUGAACCACGACAGCAACAACACUCAGCGUGUCAAGCUCACCGGCGCUGACAUAGCCAAACACAACUCCAAAGACUCGUGCUGGGUCAUUGUUCACGGCCGCGCCUACGAUGUCACCGAAUUCCUUCCCGAGCACCCCGGCGGCUCCAAGAUCAUCCUCAAGUAUGCCGGCAAAGAUGCCACUGAAGAGUUUGACCCCAUUCACCCUCCCGACACAUUGGACAAGUAUCUCGACAAGUCAAAGCAUCUGGGCGAAGUGGAUAUGAGCACUGUGGAAAAGCAGGAGAAGGGAGAGGAUCCAGAGGAAAAGGAGAGGCAGGAGAGGAUCAAGAACAUGCCCAUCUUGGAGCAGUGCUAUAACCUAAUGGACUUUGAGGCCGUAGCCAGGAGAGUCAUGAAGAAGACUGCUUGGGCCUACUACUCGAGCGGUGCAGACGACGAGAUUACCAUGCGCGAAAACCACAGCGCCUUCCACAAAAUCUGGUUUCGCCCGCGCAUCCUCGUCGACGUCGAGCACGUCGACUUCUCCACCACGAUGCUGGGCACCAAAACCUCCAUGCCCUUCUACGUUACCGCCACCGCGCUGGGGAAACUCGGCCACCCCGAAGGCGAAGUCAUCCUCACAAAAGCCGCACACAAACACAACAUCAUCCAGAUGAUCCCUACCCUCGCCUCCUGCUCCUUCGACGAGAUCAUGGACGCCGCCCAAGACGGCCAGGUCCAAUGGCUGCAGCUCUACGUAAACAAGGACCGAGCAGUGACAAAACGCAUCAUCCAACACGCCGAAAGGCGCGGCUGCAAAGCCCUCUUCAUCACCGUCGACGCGCCCCAACUCGGCCGCCGCGAAAAGGACAUGCGCUCCAAGUUCGACGACGUAGGCUCCAACGUGCAAUCCACCUCGGGCGACGCCGUCGACCGCUCCCAGGGCGCCGCCCGCGCCAUAUCCUCCUUCAUCGACCCCAGCUUGUCCUGGAAAGACAUCCCCUGGUUCCUCUCCGUCACCAAAAUGCCCAUCAUCCUCAAGGGCGUCCAGUGCGUCGAGGACGUCCUGCGCGCCGUCGAGGUAGGCGUGCACGGCGUCGUGCUCUCCAAUCACGGAGGCAGACAACUCGAUUUCGCGCGCUCGGGGAUCGAGGUCCUCGCAGAAGUCAUGCCCGUCCUGCGCGAACGCGGUUGGCAAGAUAAGAUCGAAAUCUUCAUUGACGGCGGGAUCCGGCGCGCAACCGACAUCAUCAAAGCGCUGUGUCUCGGGGCCAAGGGCGUGGGCAUCGGACGUCCGUUCUUGUACGCCAUGAGUGCGUAUGGGUUGCCCGGCGUGGAUCGCGCGAUGCAGUUGCUCAAGGAUGAGAUGGAGAUGAAUAUGCGGUUGAUUGGGGCCGCGAAGAUUGAGGAUCUGAAUCCAAGCAUGGUGGAUACGAGGGGGUUGGGAAUGCAUACGGCGGUUGUGCCGAGUGAUACGCUGGGGUUGAAUGUGUAUGAUCCACUGGUGGGGCCGAGAAUGAAGAGUGUAAAGGAGAGGCCGAAGUUGUAGGGUGCUUUUGUGUUUCUUGGAAGGGGCGGUCAUGGUGGAGGUGUAGGAAUAUAUAUGUAUAUAUUUGAGGGAGAUGUUGAAUUGGAUAGAAGUGUUGGGAUGCAUAGCGAGGGAAUGGAGAUGUAGAUCACUGUACAUAGUGCUUUUGCAGAGCUUAGCAAAACAUUU